GUCCUAAACGAAGAAAAUCAUACCGUACCUUCUUUUAGUUCAUUUACAUUCCAUCUCCUACCUUAAAUUUAUUCUUUCAUUAAAUUUUGCCCCUCUCCCCCGUCAUGCCAAAGAUCUCAAAGAAACAAAAAUAAGUUUCUUAUAUAUUUCUUAUUUCUUUUCCCACCCACCACCCUCCCCUUUUCCUUCUUAGCAACAUAAAUAUGGGGCUAAGGGACAUUGGAGCUACACUGCCUCCUGGGUUUAGGUUUUAUCCAAGCGAUGAGGAGUUGGUCUGCCAUUAUCUCUACAAAAAGAUUGCCAAUGAAGAAGUCUUGAAAGGUACUUUGGUGGAAAUUGAUUUGCAUACAUGUGAGCCAUGGCAGCUUCCUGAGGUGGCAAAGCUGAACGCAAACGAGUGGUACUUCUUCAGCUUUCGUGACCGAAAGUAUGCCACAGGAUUCCGAACGAAUCGGGCGACGAUUUCCGGGUACUGGAAAGCAACAGGGAAGGAUCGAACGGUGGUCGACCCAGGAACACAAGAGGUGGUAGGGAUGAGAAAGACUUUGGUGUUUUACAGGAACCGAGCUCCCAAUGGAAUCAAAACGGGUUGGAUCAUGCAUGAAUUUCGCCUCGAGACCCCACACAUGCCCCCUAAGGAAGACUGGGUUUUAUGUAGAGUUUUUCACAAGAGCAAAGGAGAGAAUAGCACCAAACUUAUCAGCUCCCCAAUGAUGUUCGAGACCUCAACUCAUGCCCCAUCUUUAACAGACCAAACAACCAUGGCUUGUGGGUGUCAACAAAUCAGCUCUUUAUCCACCACAGCUACCCAUCAAAGCCACGGCCAAAGCUUCCUAAACCUGCUUCAGUAUAAUCCUCAUCAGGAAAAGAACAAUAACAACAAUCAUCCCUGCAGCAAUGAGGCUAGCUCCAAAGUUGAUGAUGACUACGAGUUCUUGUGGGCCAUAAACAUGGAAGAAAACAGCUUGGGAGAUCAUCAUGUUCACGGGGUCUCUUCCAACUUGGAGGACAUGAGAUUUGAGAUUGAUAACAGUAUGGUUAUCCUAUGAAAAAUAUUGAAUAAAAAAAAUAAAGAAAACUACCAUUUGUUGAUUUGCGAUGUUGGUGUGGUGUUUGCCUUUGACUAUACAACUCAUUUUACAUUGGAUGUUAGAAGAUUGUGUGUAUUUUCAG